AUGUUUCUUUCAAGAAUACGUCAGUUUCAUGCAUCAACAAUCAAAUUUAGCGAUUUCACUCAUGUUAUAAUAGGUGGGGGUAUAGUUGGUACAGCAAUUGCUGCAGAAUUACAACAACAACCAGAUUGUCAAGUAUUAUUGAUAGAGAAAAAUGACAAUUUGGGUAUAGAGACAACAUCACGAAAUUCUGAAGUUAUACAUGCUGGUUUAUAUUAUCCACCAAAUUCUUUAAAAGCAAAAUUAUGUAUCGCAGGAAAGAACAAAAUUUAUGAUGCUCAUAGAAGAGGAAACUUUCAAGUUAAUUUACGAAAUUGUGGAAAAUGGAUUGUAGCUCAACAAGAUGAAGAAGUUGAAUAUUUGAAUAAAUUGGCCAAUAAUGCAAAGGAAUUAAAUGUGCCUGUUGAAUUUAUAUCUACUACCAAAGCAAAAGAUAAAUAUCCAUUAAUACGAGCUGAGAAGGGAAUAUUAGAAAGUCCAUCAACAGGUAUAAUUUCCGCACAUGAUUAUUUAAUGUUUCAUGAAGGUGGGUUUGAGAAUAAUGAAGGAACUAUUGCAUUAAACUCAAAAGUGAUCAACAUCGAUUACCAUUCAGGAAUACCAGAAUAUAAAUUAACUGUUUCCACAGAGAAUGGAGAAAUUGAAAUAACUUCUGAUAACAUUAUAAAUUCAGCUGGAUUAUAUGCUCCCGAAAUAUCAAAUAUUCUACUUCCUAAAGAUAGACAUUACAAAAGUUAUUUUGCUAAAGGUAACUAUUUCAGUUAUACAGCAGAAAAACCACUUGGUAAAAUUACAGAUACAUUAAUAUAUCCAUGUCCAAACCCAAAUGCAUCAUCAUUAGGUACCCAUUUAACAUUUGAUCUUGGAGGUCAGUUAAGAUUUGGACCCGAUUUAGAAUGGCUAGAUAUAGAAAAAGCAGAUGAUAUAGAUUAUACACCUAAUCCAAAAAAUUUAACUAAUGCUUUUGAAGCUGUCAAGACAUAUUUUCCAGCAAUCACUCAAUCCUCAUUAAAUCCAUCAUACUCAGGUGUAAGACCAAAGUUAAUUUCAUCAACUCAAAGUAAAUUACAAUUUUCAGAUUUUAUAAUAAAACAAGAAGAUGGAUUUCCAGGAUUUGUCAAUUUAUUAGGUAUUGAAAGUCCUGGUUUAACAGCAUCAUGGGCAAUUGCUGAAUACGUUAAAAAUAUAUAUUAUUAA